GAGCGCGAGCGAGAGAAAGAAAGGGGCAGAGAGAGAGAGACUCGCUCUUCCAGGAAGGGAUUAUUAACCAGCACGCUGCCGACAUAUGAAGGGAAAACACACGCAGACAAAAGAAGUUUUAUAUCCGCGCUAUGGAGCCGACCAGCAGAUAAACGGGAAAAAGAGAAAAAGCAGGCUAUAUGAAAAAAGCAACUUCUCCCACAACAACAAACCGAGCAGUCGGACUGCCGCUUCUGCUCCUGCUGUGUAGGUAACGAGGAGAUAAAGAAGAGGACACAGCGGAAAAGUGGAAGGAGAAAGGAGAGAAGUUGACGGAAGAUAAUGUCUGAAUCCUCCUCCGCUGCGAACAAGCAGGAGAGGAGCUCUUUCAGUCCUUCCGCGAACCCGCUGCCAAACUCUACUUCCUCCCCCGUCCAUGCUCCCGCCGCGAGGCCAGCCAGCCGAAUGGAGGACGAGCCAGCCAGGCUGCCUGCGCACCUGCGUCUGCAGCCAGUCUUUUGGAGCAGGGAGGACGUGGCCCAGUGGCUGCGAUGGGCUGAGAAGGAGUUCGCCCUGCGGCCAAUCACCAGCGGCUCCUUCCAAAUGAACGGCAAAGCCCUGCUGCUGCUCACCAAGGAGGACUUCCGCUACCGGUCCCCCCACUCCGGGGACGUCCUGUACGAGCUGCUGCAGCACAUCCUGAAGCAGAGGAAGCCCCAUGUGUUUUACCCGUCUGCCUACUUCCCUGGGAACUCCUUCCACUCGCUGCCUGAAAGCGCUGUGCAGCACCUGAAGCUUGAAGAAACGGUACGGCGGGCCCCGCGUGGUACAGAGCCAGCCCCCCAGCAUCCACCAACCAUUGAGCUGCGGCACCGUUCCCGCUCCCCCCACCAGAACCAGACCAGACGAUCCCCCCCGGCGCCAAACCACCCCCGCGCAGCCAACGAAGACCACCUGCAGACCUUCUCCCAGCUGCCCGACAGCAACCACCACCUGCCCGAAGAAAUGUACCCUCUGUCGGUGUCCCCCGCCGCACCCAACGGCCGCUGCGCCACGCCCCGAGAAGCACCGUGCCCGGGCAGCCCCGGGGGCCAGGAGCUGGGCCCUCCUCGUGUCAUCCAGCUCAUGCCCAGCGCCAUCAUGAACCCGCUGCUCCUCAGCCCGAGCCGUGCUGGCGAGGGUGCCGCCAUGGACUUCAGGCACAGCCGCGUUGGGCCCCCGUCUCAAGCCACGCUUGAGAACGGCCGUGAGAGGAAAGCACACGGCCACCACCAUCAGAUACCACUGUCCCAGCAACAGCAGCAGCAUCUGCUGCAGCAGCAAGAGGAGGCGCUCUACAGGAACCACGUCAUCAUGCCUGUGUCUCCUCCAGAAGAGCAGCAAAUGCCCAUCGGACGGAUAGCAGACUGCAGGUUGCUGUGGGACUACGUCUACCAGCUCCUGUCAGACAGCAGGUACGAGAACUACAUCCGCUGGGAGGAUACCGAGACCAAAAUCUUCCGCAUCAUGGACCCCAACGGCCUGGCCAGGCUCUGGGGCAAUCACAAGAACAGGACCAACAUGACGUAUGAGAAGAUGUCACGAGCACUGAGACACUACUACAAACUGAACAUAAUCAGGAAGGAGCCGGGGCAAAGACUUCUAUUCAGGUUCAUGAAAACUCCCGAUGAGAUUAUGAACGGACAGACGGACCGGCUGGAGCACCUGGAGUCCGACACAGAUGAACAAAUCUACAUCAAAGAGGAAUGCUGAGGAACUCUUGUGUUUCUCUGAAGGACGUCAGUGACGUUCGGUGAAAUACACCAAAUAUCCACACGAUGGCAAUACUGGACCAUUUGUAAUGAGAGGGAGCAGUGGUAGAGGCUGUCCACCGUUCAUCAAACAUGCUUGUCAUUUAAAGGGUCAUGUAGAGGAUUUAAUGCGGCUGCAGUUUAUCAUAUUAAUAAAACCUUUGAAAAAUAUGGUAGAAAUGAUCAUCUUUUGGUCUGUUCUGAAUAUCUUGCUUUUGGUGGAAUUGAUGUCUCAUUACUGUUGUGCUCAAUUAUUAAUCAGAUGUGAUGUAUUACUUAUUUAUUGCCAUUUUUUAUUUUCCAUUUCAAUGUAAUAAUUCACUAAUUGCUCCCUAGCACAUAGACUAUAUAUUUUGCGUUACACUUCCUAAAUGAGUGACUGUGUCUUUAGCCUCUGGAGAAAAAAAAUUAUCGGAAUCAUUCUGUUUUGGGAAUCAUUUUCCUGUUCUACAAAAUGUCCAAAUGAGCCUUGAAAUGUAAUGACCAUAUAGUUCCUUAA